AAUACGGGUAGGGAGAAGAAAAAUAAGUCGCUGUGUGUGGCGCGACUCUGCUGCCUCGUGUGUUCUGUAGUUGUUUAAAUUGAAAAAAUAAGUCACGACAGAUACUGUCGUAUUUUUGAUUACAUAAAUCUCGAAACAGAUCGGUAGCUGGGAAAUAAGCAUGCCGCGUAGAAAGAGAAAUGCUGGCAGCAGCUCAGACGGGACUGAAGACUCUGACUCUUCUGCUGAUCUUGAGCACACGGACAGCUCUGAGAGUGAUUUAAACACACGCAAAAACACUCGUCUGACUCGUGCCUCGGUGCGCCUCAGCCAAAGCUCCCAAGAUUCCAGUCCAGUCCGGAACGUACCGGCCCUGGGUUCAGAAGAUGCCUCCUUUUCCACGAGGCGUGUGACCCGUAGCCAACAGCAGGGGGCACCAGUUACCCCCAAGAAAUACCCUCUGCGGCAGAGUCGCUCCUCAGGGUCCGACACGGAGCAGGCGGUGGACUACUCAGACAGGGAUCUGAAAAAUGCCGUUGACCAUGAUGAAUCGCCGCCGCGUACGCCCACAGGAAAUGCUCCAUCCUCAGAGUCAGACAUUGACAUCUCCAGCCCCAAUGCCUCCCAUGAUGAGAGCUUAGCCAAGGACCUGUCUCUCAAGGACUCAGGCAGUGACCUCUCUCACCGUCCCAAGCGACGCCGAUUCCACGAAAGCUAUAAUUUCAACAUGAAGUGCCCCACUCCAGGCUGCAACUCUUUGGGGCACUUGACAGGAAAACAUGAAAGACAUUUUUCCAUAUCUGGAUGUCCCCUAUACCAUAACUUGUCUGCAGACGAGUGCAAGGUUAGAGCUACUAACCGUGACAAGCAGGUAGAGGAAAGGACUCUGUCUCACCGCCAGGAUGAGAACAACAGGCAUGCUACUCGUCACCAGGCACCAACAGAGAGGCAGGUGAGGUACAAGGAGAAGGUGACUGAAAUGAGGAAGAAAAGGAAUGCUGGGCUCCUGAAAGAGCAGAAAGAGAAGUAUAUGGAACAUCGGCAGAACCAUGGCAACACCAGAGAGCCCCUUCUUGAGAACAUCACUAGUGAUUAUGAUCUGGAGCUCUUUAGAAAAGCCCAGGCACGUGCUUCAGAGGAUCUUGAGAAAUUGCGGCUUCAGGGUCAGAUUACCGAGGGCAGCAACAUGAUCAAAACUAUCUUGUUUGGCCGGUAUGAACUGGACACCUGGUACCACUCGCCUUAUCCAGAGGAGUAUGCCCGCCUGGGCCGACUCUACAUGUGCGAGUUCUGUCUCAAAUACAUGAAGAGUCAAACAAUUUUACGCAGACAUAUGGCAAAGUGUGUGUGGAAGCAUCCACCCGGUGAUGAGAUCUACAGGAAAGGAGCUAUCUCUGUCUUUGAGGUGGAUGGCAAGAAGAACAAGAUUUACUGCCAGAACUUGUGUCUACUAGCCAAGCUCUUUCUGGACCACAAGACCCUGUACUAUGAUGUGGAACCUUUCCUCUUUUAUGUCAUGACUGAGGCAGAUAACACAGGCUGCCAUCUGGUUGGCUACUUUUCAAAGGAGAAGAAUUCCUUCCUGAACUACAAUGUCUCCUGCAUUUUGACAAUGCCACAGUACAUGAGACAAGGCUAUGGCAAGAUGCUAAUUGAUUUUAGUUACCUUCUCUCCAAAGUGGAGGAGAAGGUGGGCUCCCCUGAGCGUCCACUCUCUGAUCUAGGCCUCAUCAGUUACAGGAGUUAUUGGAAAGAGGUACUGUUGCGCUACCUACAUAACUUUCAAGGAAAGGAAAUUUCAAUCAAAGAGAUCAGCCAGGAGACAGCAGUGAAUCCAGUAGACAUUGUGAGUACAUUGCAGUCCCUUCAGAUGCUGAAGUACUGGAAAGGAAAACACCUUGUCUUGAAGAGACAGGACCUAAUUGAUGAGUGGAAAGCUAAGGAGACCAAACGAGGCAGUAAUAACAAGACCAUCGACCCCACCUCUUUAAAAUGGACCCCACCCAAAGGAACUUAGGAUUAACCCAAACCAGCCAUACCCAUGUGCCAGACUCAUGCACCCCAGCAGAUCCAUUCAACAGAGCUGUCAUCCAGCUAGCAAACCUGUUAGUAGUAAAGUCAGAGCAAUCGCUCAAACCUUAAUUCUAACAUAGCUGUCACAGCUGUAGUGUUAACUUGAAAGGCUGUUGUAGUUAGUAGAGGGAUUUAUUUUGAGUUAGUGCUGUUAACAGUAUUUGGUUUUUACUGCAUUUGUUAUAACUGCAGGCAGUCCACCGGUUACUUUGGACUUCAGGUUUUAAGUUACAGAUUUUUGUUUUAAAUAUGCUAAAGUUCAGCCACCAGAAAUUCAAAAAUAUCUUUUAAUUUUUUUUUAAACAAAGACCUUUUUAUUUCAAAAGACCUCGUUCAAAAUCGAAUCAGACCUCUCUUGUGUGUAUUGGGGCUUCUGGUUUGAUUCCCUACCUAGUCACUUUUCUUGAGUUUGUUCAGUGCGAUAUCAUAAUGUUCUUUUACGUGUUAUAUCAGUGAGAAAAGUUUCUUGGGUUUAUUUCGAAGUGAAGACAAGUAUGUUCCUUUCACUUCAAAAUGUGCUGUCAUUUAUUGAAUAUUAUUACAUUUGUCAGAUUGACCUAAAGGGAAUGUAAGAGACUUUAUUUGUUAAGCAAUUUCAAGUGGAAGAGAACUGACAGAACAUAGAUUAAUUUCUGAUGAGGCUUGUGGUGUUUUCAGAGUGUCAGUGGUUGCUCAUAUAGACUGUGACCUACAGUGUGCUGUUAUUACCCAUGAGAGCAGGAUCAUUAACCACCCCUAUAUUUAGUAGUUUUGUAAAAAAUGGCCUUCAAUUACAAGAGAUGGGAAAGGACUGCUUACAGAUAUGUACAGGACAAUCUAGAGAUGUUUGCGUGUGUAUAUAUAUAGAAUAUUUUUGUUAGGAGUAGAGGAUGUUUGAUACUUCCCUGCAGGUGUAAAUGAUUCCAAUAAAAGCUUGUAUUUCCCCCCUUCCUUUUAUGCCACUCAUGCUACAAUUUUUUUUCUUAAAAAGAUUUUUUAUUAUGCAAUCCCAUACACAGACUUGUCUUUUAGUUGUUAUCUAAAUGGAAAGAUACUGACCACAAUUGAUCGUUCCUAAAUACAAAGCAGUUUUAACGUGUCAAAGAGGAGCAUGAAAAAUUACACUUGGCACUUUCCUCACAUCCUACCACGAUUGUUCUGCUGUCUAUUUUUAUUAUUUACAUUAUCAUGGCACUGACAGGUUGUCUGUACUUUUAUUUUACUUUCAGGGUAAAAGGUAGGUUUGUGCCAAGGAUUAAAG